UAUCUGCAGCCUUUAAAUGGCCUGCUGCUUGGUGAUUUUACCAAAUUGUUUUGCAGAGAAUCCUUGACUGUCAGUGAAACUACGAGUAUAUCGAUCUUGUGAAGCGACUUGACCAUGGAAUCCCCAAUGUGCCUCGUUAAAAACGCUGACGGAGAGCUUUGCGUAGAACCAGAGGCCAUCGACUACCUGAGGGGACUGAAACAGAAAGUCGUGGUUGUGUCUGUGGUCGGGCUGUAUCGCACCGGAAAGUCCUACCUCAUGAACAAGCUGGCUCAGAAGAGAAGUGGUUUUGCCCUUGGAGCCACCAUCCAGUCUAAGACUAAGGGCAUCUGGAUGUGGUGUGUCCCUCAUCCUGAAAAAACAGACCACACCCUGGUGCUGCUGGAUACAGAGGGACUGGGGGACGUGGAGAAGGGGGAUUCUAAGAAUGAUGCCUGGAUCUUCUCGCUGGCCAUUCUGUUAAGCAGUACUCUGGUCUACAACAGUCGAGGGACCAUCGACAAUGAUGCUGUGGAGAAGCUUCAAUAUGUGAACGAGCUGACAGAGAUGAUCAAGGUGAAGUCUUCCACUGUCGAUGAGGAGGAAGGAGAGGGCACACAGUUUGCACAGUUCUUUCCUAAUUUUGUGUGGACCGUCAGAGAUUUCACUCUACAGCUCGAGAUCGACGGCAGAGUAAUCACUCCAGACCAGUAUCUGGAGAAUUCCCUGCAACUCAAGAAAGGUACUAGUAAAAAGAUCAGUGACUACAACCUCCCGCGAGAGUGCAUCCGGAACUUCUUCCCCUCACGCAAGUGUUUUGUGUUCCCCUCCCCUACAACUCCUGACAACAUGCACCGACUGGACUCCAUGGACGAGGCUGAGCUUUCUGGAAGCUUCAGAGAGGUCGCAGAUACUUUCUGCAGCUUCAUUUUCCAGGAGAGCCAUAUGAAGACUGUUAUAGGGGGACACACAUUGACUGGAGAGAUGUUGGGGCACUUGGUCACCACCUAUGUGGAGACCAUUGCCAAAGGCAAUGUGCCCUGUCUGGAGAAUGCUGUGUUGGCCAUGGCUAAAAUUGAGAACCAGGCUGCUGUGGAUGAGGGCCUGGCUGUGUACCAGAAGGGAAUGGAGGAUGUGAAGGCCUUAUUCCCAGUGGACAUCAAUCAGCUGUCAGAGAACCACCUUCGAUCAGAGACCCAGGCCACACAGGCGUUCAUGAAGCGAUCCUUCAAAGAUGAAAAUGGGGAGUUCUUGAAAGCUCUUGUGGAGGCAAUUAGCAACCACACCGCCGACCUUUUCAAACAGAACAAGGAUGCCUCAGAGAAGAAGUGCAAGGCUCUUCUGGAGAAUCUGUCUGCUCUGAUGGAUCGGGGGAUAAAGGAGGGGACGUACGCCACACCAGGAGGCUAUGAGCUUUACUGCAAUCACCAUGACAACAUAGUGGCACAGUACCGGGCCGAGCCCAACAAAGGAGUCAGGGCUGAGGAGGUUCUGGAGCAGUUCCUGAAGGACAAGAGUGCAGAGUCCAACUCCAUCCUGCAAGCUGACAAACAACUGACGGAAAAUGAGAAAAUAAUCCAAGCUGAGAAGAAAAAAACAGCUGAGUUGGAGCAGGAGAAGGCAGCAUUGAAUGAGCAAAAGGCAGAGAUGGAGCGCACCAUUGAGAACAUUGGCAGGGGCCAGGAGAAGUACUUGAAGGAGAUGAAAGAGAAGAUGGAGGAGGAGAGGAAUCAACAGCAGCAGGAGUUCAACAGGACCCUGGAACGCAGGAUGCAGGAGCAGAAAGAUCUCCUGGAGAAGGGCCAUAAGGAGAAGGCUGAGCUAAUAAGACAAGAGAUCGAGGAAAUAAAGAAGAAUAAUCAAUUGGAAAGGGACGCCAAUACCCAGAAUCAGAAGGCUCUGCUGGAUGACUACAAGCAGCAGGCUGAGGAACAGAGCAAAAAGAUGGAAGUGUUAAUGUCAGCGCUCAACAAUAAAUCACAGGCCCCCGUACAAGUGGUUGAACGACUCUGUAUGGUAAUGUGAUCCACUCCACUCCACUUCGAAUGCCUGACUAUGAAAAGCCAACUGAUAUUGAAUCUUGAAGCGUUUAAGUGUUUGUCCUCUACAGCCAUCGCUGUUUUUAUCUCUCCCUGCUGGUUAUGUAUGAAAGUUUUAACAUCUUGAAAAUGUAUCUGGCGUUAUUGGCCACAUGAGCCUGGUUCCACUCUAGGUUUCUUCAUAGGUUCCUGCCUUCUAGGGAGUUUUUCCUAGCCACUAUGCUUCUGCCUCUGCAUUUCUUGCUCCUUGGGGUUUUAGGCUGGGUAUCUGUAAAUCACUUUGAGACAACUGUUGAUGUAAAAAGGGUGUUUAUAAAAUAAAUGUGAUUGAUUGACCUUUUGUGAACCCUAUAUCUUAGUUUAAGAUGUCGUAGGCCCUGCAAUCAAAUGUGAGGACAAAAUGUCUCUCUGUUACAGUACCCAGAUGAAUGACUAUUGAGAUGUAUGUCACAGUAAUAUCCAUGUUUGGUAGCUACAGUAUCUGAAAUCUGUCCUCAGAGGAGAACUUGGAUGCCAUUUACAUGGAUCUAUGAUCUCUGUAUGCUUUUUGUUUAUCCAGAUGCCCAGAUAUUAAUAAGCUGGGACACAGUCAAUGUGGGCACCAUCCAAGGUCCAAAUUACUAAAUCAUCAGACAUUUUCAAGAGAUUUGGAAAACAAUAUACUGUACACUUGAUUUUAUCUGCAUUAAGUGACAAUUUCAGUUCAACAAAGAUUUUCUGGAAAGCAACAAAUGCAGACUGUACCUCUUGUUGGAAUCGGUUAAACCUUUGAACAUUGAGAUAUUAAAUGAAUGAUAGGAAAUGAAAGAGACUGGGUUAUGUUAGAAGUUAAUGGUUCCCAGAAGAAAGAAGAAGGCUUUGGAAUGUGUUUGAUAGAGGAGAGUGAUGGGUUGAUACAGGGGAGACAGAUAGACAUCUGUGUAUUAGAUGAAAGAGGGGUUGAGGUCAGGAGGUGAGGACAGAUUCUCUUAAUAAUAAAUGUUAGGAAUCCUGUUACCCUCUUUAUUAGCUUCCUGUAGAGCCAUAAAAUGUAUGGAUUAGAGAGAAAGGGGAGUGUCUUAAGUAGGAUGCAUAUAAACUAUAAACGGUGAAGUCUGACAUCUUUUGCUGUCUGUUUUCAGCUAUACAGAACCUUUGGGAAAAAUAAACUUGGUUAAAGAUU